AUGACAGUGUCUCAAUCUCUUACCUCCAAACGCCUACAGGAGGAUUACCCUGACACAUCGCUAUGGGACAAGCUCCAGCAGCACAACCCUCCACCAACACAAAUACAUACAUAUACAGAGGAUUUCAACGGCUCCAACAUCCUCCACACAUACACACUGUACUGUACAGGCCAGGAGAGAGACGCCAGAGGCAAGGUGCCACGGACACAGUGCCUUCAGCUGAGACCUCAUCUCCCCUCCAAUGGACUGCCUGGGGAAAGGAGCAUGCGCUCUACUCUGUCUCUUCCCUAG